ACCCCCCACCCCCUUUGUCCUCUGGAAUCGAACGCCUGCUGCCGGGAGAGGAAGGACCCACCUAGUCCGUAACCUCACGGCCACCCACCCUUUCUAACGCUCACCCUUUGCCGCAAUCCAGGCAGGGUGUGUCUCCGUCUUGAGUGUCUCGUGUGGUGACACUUGCGAUUCUUUCUAACGGUGCCCCCGGGAUGGUGGUGGGUCUUAGCCGCUUUUCUGGCUCCCAGCGUUUCUGGUUCUGGCAGCACCGACCUAAAUCAGCGGUUGACCCGAAUGGAUGUGAAAGGGACUUUGCAGCCCCUGAUGGUCCCGGGUGCUGUCUUUUCUUCUUGGAGAAGAACUUUGGUGUUCAGGGCUCUUAGGUGUAGUUGAUUUCUUUGUGACCUGGAGCAAGUAAUUUUAGUGCUUUGCGUUUCAGAGGAUUACUGUAAUGGAGUAAGUGGUGACAAUUUGUCAAUGUCACUGGCAGGUUUUUAGAAGCUUUGUAUGCAAGCCUGCUGAUAAUUUGGCAGGAAGGACCUCGCUCCUUGGUCUGUUACCACUUCUGGCCACGUCUAACUUGGGAAUUCGUUUCAUUGUUCUCUGCCACCUAACGGAUAUCCAGGAAAAGUGGAAUGAAACAGUUGAGCUUUUUCGCGCUAGGAUGCCCUUACGGAAACAUCGCUGUCGUUUUAAAAGUUACGAACGCUGCUUCACGGCGGCUGAAGCCGUGGAUUGGCUGCAUGAGCUGUUGAGGUGCAGUCAGAACUUUGGCCCCGAGGUGACCCGCAAGCAAACAGUCCAGCUGCUGAAAAAAUUCCUUAAGAAUCAUGUUAUUGAAGACAUCAAGGGAAAAUGGGGUCAGGAAGAUUUUGAAGACAAUCGUCACUUGUACAGAUUUCCUCCUUCCUCACCCCUGAAACCAUAUCCAAAGAAGCCUACUUACCAAAAAGAUGCUAUAAAAUUUCCAGAAUGGAAUGACCCCCCACCAGGGACUUCACAAGAGAACAUCCCAGUGAGGCCACUUGUGAUGAACUCUGAGAUGUGGUUCAAGCGUCACAGUAUUGCUAUUGGAGAGGUGCCGGCCUGCCGUCUUGUCUACCGCAGACAGCUGACGGAGGCCAAUGUAGAAGAGAUAUGGAAGUCUAUGACAUUAUCAUAUUUACAGAAAGUCCUUGGCCUGGAUUCUCUGGAAGAAGUCUUAGAUAUUAAACUGGUCAACUCCAAGUUCAUCAUCCAUAAUGUAUAUAGUGUGAGCAAGCAGGGAGUUGUCAUCCUUGAUGACAAGUCAAAAGAACUUCCUCAUUGGGUGCUGUCAGCUAUGAAGUGUUUGGCAAAUUGGCCUAAUUGUUCAGAUUUGAAGCAGCCUAUGUAUUUAGGAUUUGAAAAGGAUGUCUUUAAAACUAUAGCAGAUUACUAUGGUCACUUGAAAGAGCCUCUACUUACAUUUCAUCUUUUUGAUGCCUUUGUCAGUGUAUUAGGUUUGUUACAGAAAGAGAAAAUGGCUAUUGAAGCAUUUCAGAUUUGCUGCCUCCUCCUGCCACCCGAAAAUAGGAGAAAGUUACAGCUGUUGAUGAGGAUGAUGGCAAGAAUCUGCCUAAAUAAGGAGAUGCCACCCCUGUGUGAUGGCCUUGGUACCCGAACACUGAUGGUUCAGACAUUUUCCCGUUGCAUCUUGUGUUCCAAGGAUGAAGUAGACUUGGAUGAGUUAUUAGCUGUGAGGUUGGUGACGUUUUUAAUGGACAAUUACCAAGAGAUUUUGAAAGUCCCUUUGGCCUUGCAGACCUCCAUAGAGGAGCGUGUGGCUCAUCUACGAAGAGUCCAGAUAAAAUACCCAGGAGCUGAUAUGGAUAUCACUCUAUCUGCUCCCUCAUUUUGCCGUCAGAUCAGUCCAGGGGAGUUUGAAUACCAGAGAGCAUACGGCUCUCAGGAACCUCUGGCAGCCUUGCUGGAAGAAGUCAUAACAGAUGCCAAACUCUCCAGCAAAGAGAAGAAGAAAAAACUGAAGCAGUUUCAAAAAUCCUAUCCUGAAGUCUACCAAGAACGAUUUCCUACACCAGAAAGUGAAGCACUUCUGUUUCCUGAAAAGCCGAAACCGAAACCACAGCUCCUGAUGUGGGCACUAAAAAACCCUUUCCAACCAUUUCAAAGAACUAGAAGUUUUCGGAUGUAGUACUUACAUUGCUCUUAGAGAUCUCUGUUGCUGUUGCCUCGAGCAAGUUGGUGGUUAUAGGAGGAUUAUGGCGAUGGAAGAAAGAAGAGCAGAAAAUAGAGGCUACGGAAAAUAUAAAGUUACCAGACUUCCUAAAAUGUUGAGCCAUUAUCAGUAUUUUUGUAAAACCCAAUGCUAUUUUUAAAGUGUACAAGUCAGUUAAAAGUUGAGACAAAUGUAUCACUAUAUGUAUGGUUAAUAUGUGUGUCUGUAAUUGUUACAAAAUUUGUGGGUAGUUUUAUUUUUUUAUUUGUUAUCUUUCAUGGUGUUAAUAAAAUAAUUGUACAUUUCAGUUACUGAUGUCUUUGUUAUAACCAAGUUUUAAAAAUAGUGUAUGUACUUGAAUAAGAGAGACACUGGGUACUGCUACUGUGAUGCUCUUGACUUCACAGCUUAAUAGUUGUGACUUCUCUUUGUGUAAAAUUUGGUUUUCAUUGUUGUACAGAGAGUCUUAAGGCUCCACAUUAUGACUGUGUCUUUUAUUGCAGAUUCGUUGGAUGUUAUGACAGCUUUAACUAAAGCUGGUUCUUUUAGAACAUAUAUUAACUUGUGUUCACCUAUAUGUGGGGUUGAUUUUCAUUUGCCUGCAGUGGUAUAAUUUCAGUCUUGGCUGGAGAUGGAAAAUUGAACUGAGUAAUCUUUUUGGGUCCCCUUGUUCCUGUGAUUGUGAGUCAGGUCUUUGUUGUUUCGUGAAAAGCACAAAUAGGUUAAGUAAAACAAGACUACUUCCUUUGUAUUUCUCCCACCUUCCUCGUCCUUUGGAAAGUAAAUGGAAUGUAAAUAAAUACUGGUUUUUGUUUUUUUAU